AUGCAUGGGAAUUCGACGUUUCGAGGUAUCGGGGCUACGUUCGCCGCUUCAAUCGACGAUGUGUUCGUCGGCAUUGCCGAUCAUGUGAGAGGAAACGUUUACAGCAUCACCAGUAUGAACGCAACCUUAUACUCGGUGACCGUUGUUUGUUCGACCGAGAAGUCGGAUAUCGAGAUUAGGGGUGUAAUUCAAGACCUGCAGCAGCAUUUGAACAAGGAUGUAGUGGUUCCAGAGGAGGAACUAGCAGCCUUGCAAGCAUGGAAAGAAUCUAAUGGAUUCAUUGAGAAUGCGUUGCCAGAAGAGAGCGAGGGGCCUAAUGCUUAA